UGAUUGGUCUGCGGCCCCUUCUGUCCCUGAGGCUGGCGGCGGCGGCUGGUUGGCGUGAGUGCCAGCGCCGCUGCCCGGCCCGGCAUGGCGGGUGGCUGGGCGGCAGGAACCGGAGGCCGGCGGAGGAAGGGAGGCCGGGAGACCCCCGCUGCGCUGGUGUUAUAGAAGAUCCAAACCCAUGAGAAGAUGGGACUGCUGGUGUUCAUGCGUAAUGUGCUACUAGCCCUCUGUCUCUUUCUGGUGUUGGGAUUUCUCUAUUACUCAGCAUGGAAACUGCAUCUUCUACGAUGGGAGGAUUCAAGAACGUUUAGUAUCUUGUUUUCACAUGAUUCAGUGGUUCUUUCCUCUGACUCCGCUGGACAUUCAGUAGGCUCAGGAAGGAGAGAGAGAAAAUCUACACCUCUUGUGCUUCUGUCAUCUCUCCCACCACACCUUGCUGCAGACCUGAGAGCAGACAAAGCUAAGAGAGAACCUGUUGCUAUUCCACGUCCAGUUAUUCCUAAAUAUGACAAACUGGGAUUUCUCCUGAAGCUGGAUUCCAAACUGCCUCCAGAGCUAGCAUCAAAGUACGCUAACAUCUCAGAGGGGGUUUGCAAGCCUGGGUAUGCAUCUGCACUCAUGACUUCCAUUUUCCCAAAGUUCUCCAAGUCAGCACCAAUGUUUCUGGAUGAUUCAUUCAAAAAGUGGGCAAGGAUCCGGGACUUUGUACCUCCUUUUGGAAUUAAAGGACAAGAUAAUCUGAUCAAAGCCAUCCUGUCAGCAACCAAAGAUUACCGCCUUACUCCAGCCCUUGACAGUCUCGGUUGCCGACGAUGCAUUAUUGUGGGAAACGGUGGCAUUCUAGCAAACAAGUCGCUGGGCUUGAAAAUUGAUGAUUAUGACAUUGUUAUCAGGUUGAACUCUGCUCCAGUGAAAGGCUUUGAAAAAGAUGUUGGUGGCAAGACAACAAUGAGGAUAACAUACCCAGAAGGGGCCAUCCAGAAACCAGAGCAGUAUGAGAAGGACUCUUUGUUUGUGUUAGCAGGGUUCAAGUGGCAGGAUUUCAAGUGGCUGAAGUACAUUGUUUACAAGGAAAAAGUGAGUGCCUCUGAUGGCUUUUGGAAGUCUGUGGCAACCCAUGUUCCACGAGAGCCCCAUGAGAUUCGUAUCCUGAAUCCAUAUUUCAUCCAAGAGGCAGCUUUCAGCUUUAUUGGCCUUCCUUUUAACAACGGCCUGAUGGGUAGAGGGAACAUUCCUACUCUGGGAAGUGUAGCAAUAACCAUGGUGCUUCACAACUGUGAUGAGGUAGCUGUGGCUGGAUUUGGUUAUGACAUGAAUUCUCCAAAUGCACCACUACAUUAUUAUGAGAAUAUAAAGAUGUCUGCCAUCAAAGAGUCAUGGACCCACAACAUCCAACGAGAGAAGGAGUUCCUACGGAAAUUGGUGAAAGCCCGAGUGAUCACAGACCUUACCAGUGGAAUCUGAGGAGGCCCAGUCACUGUGCUGAAGGGCACAGCACAUGCAUACAGCUGAGGACAAGGGCAGCAAGAGGUCUUUGGCAAGAAUCCCAGCUUCUUAGAAACAUAGACAGUGCCCUUGCAAAGUCUCCCUGGUUUGCUCUGUCUGCCUGUAUCAGGGCUGGCAAAGGAGCAGUGGCUAUUGGCCUGAGGGGGCAGGUCCCUCACAUGGAACUGGAGGUGGGAAUGAUGUUUGAGAUGAAACGUCAUUAGAGAGAACAAAAAAGAGGCCAGGGAAAUGAGGAAAAAUGUGCCAAAUGGAACAAGAGCCACAUCAGAGCAGCGGCAUCUGAAUGUACAAUGCAUUAUUUUGUAUAAAGAGAAAUUGAGAAUCAUGGAAAAUAUAUCAAUGUGCAAAAUGGAGCCUGGCCUGUGCAUAGGCCUCAUGGGACACCUGACACUGUGUUGCACUUAGCCUGUCUCUGUGCCAGCCAUGACCCCUCUGUAGGGUCUGAGUCCAUCCAAGACUUGUCUGUUGUUGGUGCUGCUUUAAUGUAAAAGUAUUGUGGCCUCUCUUUGCCCUAGAAGGAGCAACCGAGGAGUCUACUGGAUUUUUGGAUUCCCUGCUUCUUGUGGAGCAGCUGCUGCUGCCAACAUUCUCCUGACAGCAUUUUAAUCAUUGUUCAUGGAGCUCACCUCAUUGUGUUGGGGGAUCUCUACCUGUUUGGCAGGCUUACCACAGAUCCUGCUGAGAGAUACCCCAAUAUUUGUUUUCUGUGGCAUCCACAUAAUGGUUUUGAAGAGUUCAAGUGAUUGUAUUUUGUUUGGGAAGGGAAUAAUUUAUUUUUGGAUCAGGUCAGAAAUUGUUCUAAAAUACAAAGAUUUGUAAGGUUUGGCAGCUAAUGGUGCCAGCAAUUUUUCACUCAUUCUGUUGUGCUUUAGCUUAAGUAUCUAUUACCUGGAUAAUGUUUAAGCUCCUCUGAGACAGUAGUAGAAAUCACAUGGCUGGCAGCUAACUUGGUUUUGGCUUCUGUAUAUCAAAUGGGUUCCUCCCUCACAUUUCCAAAUCCUCCUGCAUCCCUUUUGAGGAGACAGUGGGUUCUGUCUUUAUUACUCCUCUGUCCUAAGUCUCUGAUGCAGUAUUUGCACAAUUGUGUACCAUUAGUGUUGGAAAGGUUAGAAAUAUACUGUGCAAAGUGACCAAACAGUGUAGUGAAUGGGAUGACAUGACUUAUCUGUGCAUCUGAGAGAGAUGUUUAGGCUCUUCUUUCAAUUCAUCCUAUUGUAAGAUACACAUUUAUAAUCUGCAUUGGUAUUAGGCUGAGUGGUGCAUUUAAAUGAAUUUACUUGCAUUUCCUUGGAUAAAAUGAGAAUUUGUGCAAUUUCCCUCAUGGAGACAGAUCUAAAGCAGCUAAAGAAUACUCAUUCUGUUUGUGUUAAAAACACCAGCCUGCAUUUUACUUGCUUUGCUCCUGCAAAUUGAGCUAGGAGGCUGUAUAAAAGGACUCUGGUUUAGAGAUACUCAGAAGUGUAAGACCAUACUGAGAAAGGUGUCUGGCUGUUUUUCCAUUGACCCUCUACAGGAUACUAUCCCAAUCUCUGGGGUGCAGGGAAAGGCUCAGAAUGCUGGCAUUUUCCCUUUUCCCUAAACCAAAAGGCACAAGCUGACAUAGGAGUUUAUCACACUGGGGCUAAUUUCGGCAUUAAAGAGAGAUUAAAGCGCAUUUAAAACAUCCUGCAAAUAAAGCAAAAAUGGCGAGAAACUGCAUGAAUGAUUAUCACACGCAA